CAAAUUCACCAGGCCGCACCUGCACGAGUUUUACAGCAGUAUUUGUCCUUGUUGUGUCCGAGAAGACUUGAUCAUGUAAAUGUCCUUCACUCCAGAAGAGUACAAUGUCUUCGCAAGCCCAUCCUUUGAGGCUCACGAUUAUGCAAAUGCCGUGCUUGCUGGAGAGACCUACAAACCCGGAAAGAAAGUAACAGCGCCCAAUGCGGCUCAGCCGUCUGCCAGAGAAGGCACGUCGUUAUCGCGUGCAGCUGGGCGCGAAGACAUCUCUGUUGCUUUGAAUAAGCUCAACUAUGGCAUUGAUGAUAUUUCGAAGCAACUGCGCGCGGUUAUACUGAAUCAUCAUGAAGAGCUCCUAGAUCGUGCAGCUGGUGUUGGGGAACUCGAGGAAUCUCUUAGAGUGGUGAAGCAGGGGCUCAACUCUGUCAACACAUCUCUGGAGAAACUUCGUUUGAAGGUUCAUGUGCCGCAUGAAAACCUUUCCAACUACCUAUCACGUCUUCAACACCUCCAAAUCGCGUCGGACGCUUUACGUCGAGCCUCCCGAUUCAUCAUCUUUGCCCGGCGACUGGAGAGUCAAAUCUCAGAGCUGGAUCGCUUAUCGUCCCUCCCCACGCCAAAAACGAACGGGACCUCGGCACGUCCACAGCCAAAGAGACUUUUAACGGACGAUGUCUUGUUUGAUAAUCAGACUGACAAGGAGCGUACUAUCGCUCAGGCAGCAUUCAACAUCGCAGAAAUCGAGUCUCUCCUAUCCGCAAGCGGGGAUAGCCAACCCAACGAGAGUUCCGAUUCACCACCCCAAAUCAACUUAACCUCCAUCAAUGCCGUCUCCCGUCUGCUUACGAGUAUCGAGAGUUCGAGGGUCAGAAUAGCAUCAGAAAUGGAAGGAAUGGUUCUCUCUGGACUUGACACAUUGAAUCAUUCAUUACUCGCUUCAUCGCUUCAAGCAGCUUUCAACCUUCGUGUCCUUCCAACGCUCGUUCAGUCCUUACUGGCGGAUCUGAAUCAAGCUAUCGAGGGACGAGUCAAGGCAACUUUUGAUGUAUUGUCAUUAUCGAGAGAGACGAAUGCCAAAGAUGCAGGGCAACCGGCCAAGGCGUACCGUUCGAGGGUGCGCACUGAGCCAACAACCGUGACUGCUGCCCAAUGGACGAACACGCUGUGGUCAAGGCUUGAAGGUCUUGUGGAAGACAUGGCUGGUUGUUGCAUCAAGGUUUACACCCUUGAGAAAGUUUUGAAAGCAAAGAAAGAUACAAUUUCACAAGUCUCGUUCUUAGAUGAUGUAAUGCAGUCACUUGAGAGCAGACCGAGUUUGGCUUUUUGGAGCUCGCUCGCUGUUGCCCUUGAAAAAUACUCCAAGGAGGCCGCUUCCAGUUCCUCGUUCUUUCAGCAGACACUAAGCAACGGCUAUCCUCGACUCCUGCGACUCUUCCAUGACUUUUUCGCCAAAAUAGCAGUGCACACGGACACUCAGUACACUGAAGCUCACCAAAGUCCAGAAACGGUUCUCGCACUCCGGUCUAUAUCUCGAUUUGAGACCAUUUACCUCACUCGAUCCUUAUCACGUAUGAACGAAACAAUUGCUGCUGCGCUCGCGGGAGGGACUCGUUCCCCGCCUGGUUAUGGUGAAGGACUAGGAAUUGGUCGCGUCAUCGCUACUGAACUUGAUAGCGCCCGGUUCGACGUACUCCUACUUCGAUCCGUAGUGAAAAAUGCGGUGACUGCACUAGAAGGUUUCACGAAUAGGACCAAUAGCCUCGUUUCCCGAGACCGCAUGGCGACUCUGCUUACUGGCCCGAAUGCUACGCCGCAGCAACUGCUGAACGCUCAGCUUGCGAGUGCGUUCUUUGGGUGCUGGAAGAGAUUGAUGGAACUGGAAGCUGAGUAUCCCGCAGGGAUCUUCAAUGUCCUCUCUACUGUGGUGAAGAACAUUCGAGUGUCUUUUGACAAAACUGUAGAUCCUCUUCUGUCUGCGAUACGGCGUGAAUUCUCCUCCAUCAUCGCGCGCUUACAUCGAGUUGACUUUGGGGACCGAAACGCCGCUCUAGGCGGUGGCGGUGGAACCAGUAUCUAUAUGAAGGAUCUGAUCGAAAAACUUGAAUUUGUGCGCGCUGCCAUACUGGCGCGUCACUCGGUUGGCGAAUUUUCUAAGGAGUGGUCUGUGAAUCUGAUCAAAUACGUGAUUCGCACCUUUGUGCUUCAUGCAUCGCUGGCUCGUCCACUCGGCGAGAACGGAAAGUUGCAAAUGACGAGCGACAUGACCGAGUUUGAGUUUGCGCUCAGCGCCUUCUUGGUGGCGGACGAAUCAACUUCACCUGCAAAGGCUAGGAAUCGGAAUUCGAUGAUGAAACGAGCUGUUACAAAAUUGGAUUCCAUUGGGGAUGAGUACAAAGCAUUAAGAGCCAUGAGGCCACUUCUAUUCCUCGAAACACCGCUUCUUGCGUCGCCAGCGUCCACCAGUGGGCUUCCAGUGGUCGUAGUGUUGCAUCACAUCAUCGUUCGUUCCUCUGCUCCAGCUUUACCGUUGCCUAACGCCUUGCAUGAAUGGAGUCACACCGAAUACGUCAAAUGGCUCGAAGAACAUGGCGAAACUGGGCAACUCAAACUUGUUGAUGGAUGUAUACCUCAGUGGGAGGAACAGAUCAAGUCGGCAAAAGGGGGAGAUCUGCUCGCCACCGUUGCUUCGGAAACGUCGGGGGAUGGUGACAUUGACUACCUUCUGCUUAUUCGCACUGUCGUCGAUCUGGCCAGAGAACGAUGAUUGUUCCCGAAAUUAGCCCGCUCGUCCCUUCCAGCCUUACUACUUUGUGUAUCUUGAACCAUUCUAUAUUCGAUUCCUUUCAACCUAGACACGGGAUCCAGUUCGGCUGGAGACGCCACAAAAAAAAAAAAACACAAAAAGGGCAUAUAUCAUUAAAGUCAUCAUCAAAUGCAUAGUUACCAAUCUGUAAUCGAAUCGAGAUCCAAAGGACUU